CACCCAUCUUAAAGCGGCCAAGGUUGAGAAAUACUGGGUUAGAGCAUCCACGAUUACUUUCUAAAUUACAGUCGUCUCCUCGCAACUUUUAAUAGCGGGCUCGUAUACACUGACAGAGGAAAAUGUUCUGAACAUUAAAUUUAAAUAAGUAAAAUCUCAAAAAAUAAAAGGGAGGGUUAGGUAGUCCUGUUUUUCCAUCUCUGUUUUUUCGGUGGAAGAGCGCGGCUCAGGCGCAACAAUGAUAACGUUUGGGAGUUCAUUCUCUUUUAUCGCCAAUCGACUAUCAUAAAGAUGGGGAGGACAGAACUGUCGCCUCUGCGCUGUAAUCCUUUUUUAUGUCUAGAGUUUAAAAUUCUGUCAUUAUAGAUGCUGUCAUCAAUUGAAAAACAGAUCUGAAAAGGGCUGUCUCGGGACCGCGCUCUGGGGAAGAAGCCCGAAGGACGGAUCUGGUGGGUUGGGGUACGGAAUCCGCGACCAGCCGCUGAUACUCCGCGACAUUUUUUACGAGCUGAGAAAAGCUUUGUGAACUGUGUAUUCACCAUUUUACAAGAUGAGCCUUAUCAUGCGCAAUUUGCAGAGAGUUAUUCCAAUCAGGAGAGUCCCACUUCGCAAGAACAUAGAACAACUCCGUUCUAUUUUGGGUGUGCAAAAGUUUGAUCUUGGUGUAAUCUGUGUUAGUAAUACAUAUAUACAGCAGCUCAACAGAACUUACAGACAGAAGAAUAUCCCUACUGAUGUGUUAUCUUUUCCUUUUCAUGAGAAUCUGAAAGGUGGAGAGCUGCCCCAGCCUUGUAUUCAAGAUGACUACAAUUUGGGAGACAUUUUUCUAGGAGUAGAAUAUAUCUAUCAACAGUGUGAGAAGAACCAGGAGGAUUAUAACAGUAUUCUUACUGUGACAGUUGCCCAUGGCAUGUGCCACUUACUUGGUUAUAAACACAGUACAGAAGCAGACUGGCAACAAAUGUAUGAAAAGGAAACACAAAUUCUGCAGGAGCUAAGCAAAUUGACAGGCACAAACUUUGAACCUCUGUCAAAACACCAUUUCUAGAUGGUGUAUUUAUACACUGCUUCAUCAAAAUAAAUGUCCUAUUUUAUU